AAUACUAACUUUCACUCAAAUUGACGUUUACCUUUUCGUAAACUUUAUUACAAAAAUUUAAAUAUAUAAAAGAUAAAAAGCAUACAGUGUAUGAAAUCCUCUUUAUUUAAUAAUGGCGUUUAAACUUGCAUUAUCAAGGUUUAAAACCCCAUUUAUACCAAAAGCUGAAGUUCUACAAAAACCUUCGAUAUACAUACAGCAUUAUUCAAUAUCAACAAACAAUUCAUCUCCCCAACAAAGGAAGUUGACUUGGAACGAAUAUUUUGUAUUAAGGCGUAAAAGACGAAUAACUGAACGGUUAGUUACAAUUCCAACGGCACUUGGAGGUUUCGGGAUUAGUUUUGCUUAUUUUGCUUCUAAGGAAUUUGAUCCUACUCUAAUAUGGGGACAUGAUCCUCUUGUGAUUUAUGGAUUUGGGACUAUUUUAUGUGGUUUUACUGGAUUAAUGAUUGGACCUGUCAUUGGAAGUUCAAUUUGGAAAUUGUUUCAUAGGAGGGAAGUUGAAUUAAUGGAACAGAGCGAUCGAGAUUUCUAUGCUCACAUUAAAAAGAAUAGAGCGGAUCCAUCUUUACACUCACUUCGAAACCCAGCACCUGAUUAUUACGGUGAAAAAAUUAAAUCUGUGACAGAUUAUCGUAGAUGGUUGAGGAAACAAAGAGAUAUUAUUAGAAAGGGAACAUUUCAUCUUGGAGAGGAGGACUAGAUUAAAUAUAUUUUUAUUUCAAUAAAGGUCUAUUACCAUAUAAAGUAUUAAUAAUAUUAAUUAUUUUGAUAAUAUAAUAAUUGUAAUUAAAUAAUAAUUGUAAUAUUGAGUCCCUUCUAUUAUAUAAUCACCUCAAUUUAUAUUUUAAAUCGACUUAAUUAAUGUUUUAACGAUCAAUUGGUUAUUACUGAUUAGUGAUCAAUAAUCAGAAAAUUUUUCUCCUUGCUACUAGAGGUCAUUGCAAGAAGCCGAGAAAGAAAAGGCAAGAUUCUACGGUUUGCCUUCAAAAAGAUUUCCAAAUUGUCACUUUACGCACCCAAUAUUGCCGUGAACCACUUUGUUUUCUCAUAAGACUAUUACUAUUGUUCCAAAUCGACCACAUCACAAAGGUUUAGCA